CAACAAUGGCAUAUUUGCUAUUUCACUUGAAAUCCAAGUGCUUUCUCCUAAGUUAACGUCCAUAUAAACCCACCCUGCAACCCCUACUCCUCCUACGUCCUUUUUUCCUCUCUCUCCUGUGAUUCUGAAAUUGCAGACUCGCUCUGGUCUCAGCUGACAUGCCAACUUUUGCGUUUCUGUCGGUGCUCUUCUUUACCGCCUUCCAUGUCGCCUUCUCCGUCACCGACGAGAAAGUGUUGGUUGUUGCUAUGUUUCCUCAUUGUUUCUGUAGCUACCUUGUGGCUUGACUGCUUUUCAUUUGACAACUUUCAUUCCUAGUGAGUCUUGAGUCUCGACAACUUAGCCAGGUUUCUUGGAAGUUCUCAUUUAAUCGAUUUCCUUUCAAGUUUGAACACGGUGACAAUUAUGUAUCUGUAUUGUCAUUUUUUCUAAUUUCCGAGGCUCGCUCCAAGUUAUUUCCUUCUCGGGAUAUGUGCUUCUUGGGAGCUGAGCAAGCGGUUCUUGCUAAGUGUUCAAUUAUGAUUUGAGCUCGGACGCCCAUCGGAUGGCAGCCUCACUGACUCGGACAAGAAUUAUUUUCUCGGGACCACAUUAUCAGACUGCGUAAUGCAGAGUGCCCUGUAAAUCCACAUGGUCCAGCAAGCUUACAUGAUAUUUUAAAUGGCCAGGCCAAACUCUUAGGCGCUACUGUCCAACUGACAUCACAAAAAAUAUGGAAGACUGGUAGCAAAUGGGAAUUUCGAGCUGGGUCCAAAGCCAUCGGACAUGAAAGGCACGGUGGUGAUCGGCGGCAGGCAUGCCAUACCGGAGUGGGAGAUCUCGGGAUACAUAGAAUACAUAAGAUCAGGUCAGAAACAGGGCGACAUGUUGCUUGUGGUGCCAGAAGGAGCUUAUGCGGUGAGGUUGGGCAACGAGGCCUCCAUCAAGCAAAGAAUAAAGGUGGUGAAGGGAAUGUACUAUUCCAUCACAUUUGUGGCAGCACGAACAUGCGCACAAGAAGAACGAUUGAACGUGUCGGUGUCCCCAGACUCAGGAAUCCUACCAAUGCAAACACUGUAUAGCAGUAAUGGCUGGGACACCUACGCCUGGGCCUUUCAAGCUGAGUAUCCUGAGGCGGACUUGGUCAUUCAUAACCCUGGCGUAGAAGAAGACCCUGCGUGUGGACCACUCAUUGAUUCCAUCGCUAUCAAAGUUCUCUAUCCACCUAAACCCACCAAAGAUAACAUACUAAAGAACGGUGAUUUCGAAGAAGGGCCAUAUGUGUUUCCCAACUCGUCGUCGGGCGUGCUUAUCCCGCCAAACAUUGAAGACGACCACUCUCCACUUCCGGGAUGGAUGGUGGAGUCACUGAAGGCGGUGAAAUACAUAGAUUCAGAGCAUUUCUCAGUUCCACAAGGGAGGAGAGCGGUGGAGCUUGUGGCGGGGAAAGAGAGUGUGAUAGCGCAGGUGGUGAGGACCAUACCUGGGAAGACGUACGUGCUGUCAUUUGCCGUUGGAGACGCUAAAAAUGCUUGUGAAGGGUCGAUGAUUGUGGAAGGAUACGCAGGCAAAGACACGAUCAAAGUGCCUUAUGAGUCCAGAGGCAAAGGUGGGUUCAAGCGUGCUGCUCUCAAGUUCGUGGCCGUGAGCACAAGAACGCGCAUUAUGUUCCUCAGCACAUUCUACACCAUGAGAAGCGAUGACUUCUCUUCGCUUUGUGGACCUGUCAUCGAUAAUGUCAGGUUGCUCAGUCUUCGUAAACCAUAGGGAAUUAGGGUGUCGCACCAAUAUGAGCCGAUGAGUUAGAUUAUAUAUAUCGUUUCUCAUCAUCUCCCAAAUCCUUGCAUGUUGAGGAAGGUGAUGAUAUACUUUGUUAGUUCCCAAGAGAAGAGGAAGAAGAGGUUCUGGCGUGAUUUCAUUUUCAUGAAACAUAGGAGUGUGUAGUAAUAUAUAAUGUAAUGCGUUGCUUUCUUUACGUUAUAUGUCGGAAUAAAUGGAGAACAAAAUAGAAAUGAUUCGAAGUCUAA